GAAGAUUUCCCAAAAUUAUAGUAACUAUCAUCGCGGAUGUUUCAUUGAAUGAGACAUGCUACAGCAAGUCUGUGACACCAGCAGGAAUGAUAUUGGAUUCUCAACCUUACGGUCCCAAUGAGAAUCGUGAUUCACUUAAAUCAAAGAGUUGGACACCGCCCCCCACGAUUGGAUGUUUGGGAUUUUCUCGAGGGUACUGGAUUGCUUUCUGGAAGCAAUGUUGGCUGGUCCUCUUGAACCCUAAACCCUAUUUCACGCGGUACCCACGGUCCAGACAACGGGAUGUCGAUCUCAACUAGACGCAACGCAAGACGCUCAUUAGAGCCAUGCAUAUAGCACAUACCUAUUC